AGCAAAACCAGAGCUUCACGCGCGGUCACGCGUCUCACUUCAAUAUACUCACACACCUGACCGUCUCUCUCACCCUAUCCUUGGCGUGUGGAUAACGAAAUUUUUAUGGAAAUUUACGUAUAAUUGAUCGGACGAAUUUGAAAAACUGAAUAAAAAGAGAAAAAAGCGAUCAUCGCCAGUCUCAACUGAAGGAGAGAAUGUUCAGAAACGGCAGCUCAGCAUCCAUAGCCCUGCCCUUUGUCGGGCUAGGCGGCGGCAUGAUGGGACAAAUGCCCGGUGGCCUAGGACAAAUGCCAAAUGUGCAAGAUCAUCUUCUGGGCUGGAACAUUCCUCAGGAUCAUAUGGAGCUCGUUCACCCUCAUUGGCGCGGAUUUGUAGCACCUGGAAAGUACUGGCACAUCGGCAUGGCUCUUGUCUACUUCAUGCUACUAGUUAUGUCAUUUGUUGGAAACGGAUGCGUCGUUUGGAUUUUCAGCACAUCAAAAGCGCUGCGAACGCCAUCUAAUCUCUUUAUAAUCAAUCUGGCUAUUUUUGAUCUUGUUAUGGCCGUGGAAAUACCAAUGCUAAUUGUCAACAGUUUCGUUGAGCGGCCAAUCGGUUGGGAACUCGGCUGUGACAUUUACGCAGCUCUUGGUAGUGUAUCAGGAAUUGGCUCUGCGAUCACGAAUGCAGCCAUAGCUUACGAUCGAUACAGAACCAUUUCCUGUCCCAUUGAUGGACGACUCAACGGUAAACAAGCUGCAGUCAUGAUCGUGUUUACUUGGUUCUGGGCAAUGCCAUUCACUGUACUGCCUUUCGCUAAGAUUUGGGGUCGUUACACAACAGAGGGAUUCCUGACGACUUGUAGCUUUGACUUCUUGAGCGACGAUCAGGACACAAAAGUUUUCGUGGGUGCAAUUUUCGCCUGGUCUUACUGCAUCCCGAUGAUGUUCAUCGUUUAUUUCUACUCUCAACUCAUAAAAUCUGUAAGGCGACACGAGAAAAUGCUUCGUGAGCAAGCUAAGAAGAUGAAUGUUAAGUCUCUGGUGUCUACUGGUCAGGACAAAGAGAGAAGCACAGAAAUGAGAAUUGCUAAGGUCGCUUUCACCAUUUUCUUUUUAUUUGUUUGUGCCUGGACACCAUAUGCUGUUGUCACUCUUAUUGCUACUUUUGGAAAUCGGGAGUUAAUUACACCAUUUUCAAGCAUGUUACCGGCUGUGUUUGCUAAAACGGUAUCUUGCCUUGACCCAUGGGUUUAUGCCAUCAAUCAUCCAAGAUAUCGUCAAGAAUUGACUAAACGUUGCCAGUGGAUGGGAAUACACGAGAAUGAGCCUAGUGGUGGUGGGCAAGCCGAGGCGGUAUCAGUGACCACCGAGAGGUUGAAAAACGACGAUGCUUAAAGGGAAAGCCCAAGGAAAUGCUCACUGGCUUCGCCGCCGUCGGUAAAAGAGUGAACGACCGUCGAGCCACCACGCGACGGUUGUUAUGCUGCGAAAAUAAGAGUGAACCAUCAGAGGGUUGUUGAGUUUGUUGGGACUCUAAAUUUAUCGUUUGAGCUUGAACCAAUGGAUUAAUGCAUUCGAUUUGAAAAGAAAUUUUUUGGAACUAUGAGAUUUCUCACCUUUCAAAGCUUAACAUUUUAAAAGAAUUUACUAGUAUGCAAUGCAUAUUUUAUGAUUAUCUAUUAGCGUGUAAUGAUUUAAAUUAUUUGUAAAAAAUGUACAGCAAUAACGAGACACUAUGAUAUAUUUGUAAGGAAUCGAAUAUGUAAUAGGCUUUAUAUUAUAUACAUUGUAUGAACUUUGUACAAGUACAUUUAUACACACACUCACACUUACACAACAAUCAGGUUGGUAAUUUAUUGAUCCAAACAAAAUUUGUUUGAAUAUAGCUGAGAGAAGUUUAUUGGUAAAAAAAUAUUGUUCUAGAAAAGAUUAUUUGAGUUAAUGAGACUAAAACUGAAGCUAAAGUGGCAAUGUGGAAAAAAAAGUUGUCGGCUAUCAUAUUGAUAUGAAUUGCAAGUUAAAAUUUAAUAACCCUAAUUUUCAGUGACGAUUAGUACAUCAAUAUUUUUGACCAAUGAGUUUUUCAUCAUUUACUACUAUGAAACUAGAUUGGUUUUAUUUCUAAAUAAACGUACCAUGAUAUGUGUCAAUAAAUUA